CCCGGAAGGCGUUGCUCGAUGGUCCAGGGAGCGCGCGCCACGUCCUGGGCCGGAAGCGGAAGUGUAGGCCGCACGGACAGCCGGAUCCCGAGCGCCCGGCCAUGGCUCCGCUCCUUGUCACUACACUGCUCCUGGUCUCCGUCAGCUUUCUGCCCCGGGCACACUCCAUCUCCUUCCACCUGCCCGCCAACUCCAGGAAAUGUCUCCGCGAGGAAAUCCAUAAAGAUGUCCUGGUGACGGGGGAAUAUGAACUGAGUGAGCAACCGGGAGGGCGAACAGACCUGAAGGUGACUGACUCGUCCGGCCACAUCCUCUACUCCAAGGAGGAGGCCAGCAAGGGCAAAUUCGCAUUUACCACCGACGACUACGACAUGUUUGAGAUCUGCUUCGAAAGCCGCCUCCCCCCAGGCCAUUUCCGAGUUCCCGACCAACUGAUUGUUCUCAACACAAAACACGGAGUUGAAGCCAAGAACUACGAAGAUAUUGCGAAGGCGGAGAAGCUGAAGCCCCUGGAGGUGGAACUGCGGCGACUGGAGGACCUCUCGGAAUCCAUAGUCAAUGACUUUGCCUACAUGAAGCAGCGCGAGGAGGAGAUGAGGGACACCAAUGAGUCCACCAGCGCCCGAGUCCUGUAUUUCAGCAUCUUUUCUAUGUGCUGCCUCAUCGGCCUGGCAACCUGGCAGGUCUUUUACCUUCGCCGCUUCUUCAAAGCCAAGAAGCUGAUUGAGUGAGAGGGUUCGGCAGAGGCAAUAGCGAGUGUGUGUGUGUGUGUACAUGUGCGUGUGUGUGUGUGUGUGUACAUGUGCGUGAGGGAGAAGUAUUGAGCCCAUGUGCAUCUGUGUGCCGAGGGGAUGGGUAUUAAUUUACAAGUGUAUCAAAUGCAGUGCUUCACCUGUUUGAACUGAGGGUUGUGUCUUUAAUUUGUGGUGGUUUCCUGUCAGUCAUUGACCCAAUGAUAGUUUCAGAGCCCAGCGUGGGGUGGGAUGGGGAAUGGUCAGCGCUCACGAGCUGGGACCCACGGCCUGCAAUCAUUAUUCCAGCCAGUUGGUUUACUCCCCCAGGAUGAGCCAAAAGGCAAACCAUUCGUUACUUUAUUUUUGCAAAGGCUCGGUAACAUUUGUUCCACUUCCUGUUGUCUGCAGCUGGUGGUUUGUCGUUGAAUUUAACAGCACUGUUGGGAGUGUCGAGGGUGCAUUCUGGCUUAUUGAGUGGCUCACAGGCUUUUGAACCUGAAAACUUAGUUUGUGGUGGUCUCUGUUGGUUUUCCACACUUCUGUACUGAAUGGUGACCAAGGAGAGGGGCACUUGCUAUCACAAUGCUUUAUCUCUGUUUAAUGCUGCUGAAUGUGGAGAUACUUGGUCAUGACUGCUGAAUGUCGGGGGACCUGACCCUGCGCUCUGUCCCCCUCUGAAACCGUACCUCACAAAUGGACCUUAUUUGCUUCGGUGAUCUGUGAUGUAUGUGAGCUGAAGUCUGUUGAUUUGCUCUCUUUCUCACAUUGGAAAUCCCUGCUACACCUUUCGACUGCAGCCCCACAGAAGCUAAAAGAGAGGGAGUCUGACCAUGUCCCAUCUAAUCUAGAUGUGGCUUUUGAAAAUUCUGAUGGAAAUGUAAAGGAGAAGGCCAAGUUUGGAGCUUUAAAAUGGACCCGUAACUAACCAGCCACCUUUCCUUGUCUAAAUUCCUAUUGGAGCUGUCUCUGCCCUGCUUGCUAAGAGAGAAGCAGGGCUGGUGAAUCUGGUCGGCCUGUCACGUGUCUGAUUUUAGAUGCUGGAGGUUAAUCGGGUGCCCCUUCCAUUUCCUUCGAGCCUCUCUCCUGAUUUUAAAUGUGCUGCUGGUGUGAAAAACCAGUUUCACACUGACUUAGCUCCCUGAGCUGCUCCCUUGUAACCAGACCCGCCGCUUUCAUUGCCACAAUGCAGGAGAUGCAAAGCCAAGGCUGGUGUGGGCUGCGAGCAUCAUUACAUCUCCCCUCCAAAGGUCAAGUCAGUGAGGAAGCAGAACAUGCUGUGUUUGGGACGGAGGGAGGCAAGUGUUCAAAUCAAAUAAUUUAAGCUCUUUGUUUUUACCAGCUGUCAUCUUGUGCUUCCUUUACUUUCUCCCCCAGCCUUUAUGGGAGUGACCAGUGUCUGUAUCCUUACAAUAUGGGAGUGACUGGGUGUCCUGGGGCCCCCUGUCUCUGAGAGUGACCAGUAUCUGUGUCUCUGCAAUACGGGAGUGACUGGUGUUUGGGUCUCUCUCCUUGUUAGAGUGACCAAUGUUUGUGUCUUUGCAAUGCAGGAGUGACUGGUGUUUGAGCUCUCUUUGGGGAGCCCUUUCACUGUACCAAGAAAGAAAUAAAAUCAGUGAAUCCUUUGAAAUUUUUUUUUGUGCAGAGGUUCUAAGAAUAAACAGAAUUUGUAAUUGAAA